CAAAUGUCACACGCAUGCUAAAUCCAGCACCUUCAAAAAUCAAAAUCAAUGUUUAAAAAUCCCUCCCCCGUUUUUAACCCAAGUUGGUGAAAUAAACAUACCAGAGUCGACUCUAGACGAAGAGAUAGAUAGAAAGGCAGCACCAGAAGAUAGAAUAGUUGAUAAAAUCAUAAAAACACAAACCAAUAACUCUUUGCCUUUAUUUCAGUGCUUUUAACCAACCAAAUCUGACCCAACCCAGCUACCUUUCAUCUUCCUCGCACCUUUUCCUCUUCUUUCUUCAUCAUCAGCGUCAUCGUCUCACCAGAAAAUGGAGCUGUGCAUGGAAGCAAGGGCCUUGAAGUCGAGUUUGCUUACAGAACUGGCCUUAAAGUCGACCCAGCAUGCUUUAAUGGAGGAGUUUUGGGGUGCUACUGCAAUUUCCGGCGUGCCCAGUGAGGAUUUCUCAGUGGAUGACCUUCUUGACUUCUCUAAUGGCGAAUUCGAAGAUGGGUCCGUUGAAGAAGAACAAGAACUAGAAGAACAGGAAGAAGAAGAAGAAGACAAAGACUCUGUUUCAAUGGACUCUGUUGAAAAUUCCAAUUCCAGCAACUUCACCGAGUCAACUCUGGCCAGCCAUCUCGCCGUUCCGGAUGAUGAUUUAGCAGAGCUUGAAUGGGUUUCUCACUUUGUGGACGAUUCUGUUUCGGAGCUCUCUCUUCUGGACCCAGUUAUCAAGCAAAAACCGGAAGCUUUAAAAGAGAACCGGUCUGAACCGGAGGCAAGAAGACUAGCUCAGUCAAGGCUUUCAUGGCUUCCCUCGCAGGUCCCGGUCAAAGCCAGAAGCAAACGUUGCAGACCAGCUGGUCGGUCUCGGUCAUUGUGGAACCCACUUGGUGACUCACCGUCUCUAACGCCUUGUUUAUCUUCGCCGUCGUCAUCGUCUUGUUCUUCAGGGUUUUCAUUGUCAACGCCUUGUCUUAUAUUCACCAGCCCGGUUCACAACAUGGGGUUGUUUUCAGGGGAACCGGCUGCCAAGAAGCAAAAGAGAAAGCCGGCGGUUCAAACCGGUGAUGAGGUCAUAGUUGGGAUUCAGAGGAAGUGCAGCCAUUGCCAAGUUCAGAAGACCCCUCAGUGGAGAACCGGUCCACUCGGACCCAAGACGCUGUGUAAUGCGUGUGGGGUUCGAUACAAGUCCGGCCGGCUGUUUCCGGAGUAUAGACCGGCUUGUAGUCCGACUUUUUCGGGUGAUGUUCACUCGAAUAGUCAUCGAAAAGUUUUGGAGAUGAGGAAGAGGAAAGAUACCGGUGAGCCGGAACCAGGGAUGAGCAAGAUGAUUCCGGGUUUUUGAUAGUUUAGAAUUGGAAAAUAGUGCUAUUGAACUGAUCAAGUUGAACCGGUCUGCUAUUGUACAUUUUUGUUGCUUUCAGGGAGGUUUUAGAUUUUAGCCUUAGUUUUAGGCUUGUAGCUUUACUCUUUAUUUUUAGCUAUAUGUUAUGAACUGGCUCAACAGGUUUGAAUUGGAAGUUGGAGGGAGAGAGCUAUAGAUAUGACUAGGGAGGUUUUAAUUUUAUUUUGUAGGUCUGUUUAGUGUUAAUUUUUAUUUCAAUGGCACUUUGAAACUGGUUCUUUGAUCGA